UCUACAAGCGUGACUCAUGAAUUUCUGAUAUUCCCGCGCUCAUCACGGCAAACAAACGUGGCUAGCUAGCUAGCGUUAGCUCUUCUGAGAUAUAUAUAUUAUUAUUAUUAGAAUUGUUUUUACAAAUGGCAACUGUACAUAAAUCUAUAUGGACGUUGAAACGCUUUGGACGUUUUUUGCCUGGGACCAAAGAAGACGGCGGUAAUCCAUGGAAGAUGUUUGAGCCCAGUGAAAGCGCGGGUGAAUUGGUACUCACCAUUGUGGAAUCUGGUCAUAUGUUGGUGUCCCAAGGCCACGAUCUUCUGGAUGGGUUUUCCUUACUUGAUGCUCCAAGCUACCUCAAAGUUCAGCAGAAAUCAGAUACCCUGCUGUUCCGUCUGACUGUUAAGGGGGAGAGCCGUCUGAUCAGGAUGCAGUUCAGCGGCAGCAGGGCUGAGGCCCUGGAGGAGUGUAGCAGUGCAGUACUCAGACUGAAGGAGUACCUUCCUGUCACCACACAGGGGGGGCCACCACCACCACUCAGCUGCCCCCCAACACCCAAUCAGCCCCCUACCAAGACCACUGCACAGAAUCUACAGGCGGGUGCUGGGGAGGCUAUGGCUACUGAACCUGAGGUCGUCCAGGGCUCUUUAUCCAUCAAACGUCUUACCCAGCACUUCCUGGGCGAGCAUGGUCUGUCCUUGCCCCUGGUGUACCGCCACAGUGCUCUGUCCCGUGGGGAGCUGGAGCCCUUUGUCCGCCUGUGUCUCUUGGACCCCAGCUUCCCUGCCUUUGUGGAGGAGGCGGAGGGGGAGCUGAGGAGAGUGCUCCAGGACUGAGGAGCUGAAGCUCAUCAACACAAACAGCCAGAGGGAGACAGGUCAACUCACUACACACGGUACACAUGUGGGAGGUGGGUUGUGGAAGAGUUGGGGGAUGUGUUGUUCUUCAUGCUGCUGAUUGUGUAAAUGUG